ACGAAAUGAGCGACUUAUGAGCUUCAAGUCAAAAGCAAGAAGUGAGCUUUGUGCAGUGGGAGACACAUCCCCAACCCCGAGGAGAAAAACCUGCAUUUAGUGAGAGCUGGACGAAGGUGAAGGCGCCAUGUUUUCAUCAGUCGUCCUGCUGCAGACCUGCCUCACUGCAGCUCUCGGGGCUGUACAGAUCAUGGUGGGCCUGUUCAACAUCGGACUCGGACCGGGAAGAACAAGCAUCCGUCCUGGAGAUCUGACCAGUGUGGGAGCUGCUUACUGGCUGGGUGCUGUGUUCAUCGUGACUGGAAUCAUGUCCAUCUUAUCUGGACGGUUCCCUUCCUCUUGCUUGAUGGGCUUCACUGUCUUCAUGAACAUUGUUGGUGCCAUCUUCGCCAUUACUGGCAUCGUGCUGUACGUCAUCGACCUGAGAGAAGCUUCUUUUCUCUGGAUGUGUGAACGCAACACUGCUAAUCGCCAUGACGACAGCUGCAGAAAAGUGGCACUCAUUGCUGAGAGUUUGUUGGCAUCCAUGGACAUCACACUGAUCGGUUUGAUCGUCCUCCAGCUGUUCGUCAGCGUUUGGUUUGCUGUUAUGGGCAUCAAGUCCUUGAUCGGUCAGAUGAGGAAGAGCAGCAAAGACAUUGAGGAACAGUUCAAAGAAGUCACAUGUGUUGAUUGAAAGCUUUUCAUCUGAGCACGUAGAUGCAUCAAGCAGCAGCAGUGAAAGUCCUGCUUCUACACACUCCAGAUGAAAGUUAACAAAACUGUGUAACGCUUUUGUUUUCAAGUCUCUCUCUGUGUGUUUGCAUUUAUUUUUGUGAAUGAUUGCUUGAAUAAAACAUUUUUAAUCUCUUCAAAGGUAUGUUGCUGUUGAGUUUCAAUCAUACAUUUAAGAAAUCUCAAAUUCUGGCUUUGAAAUAAAAUAAAAACAGUAGCUGUUAAUAACAAAACUUAUCAAGAAUCACUCAGAUCAAAAGCUACACAGAUGUGAUCUGAGAUGCUUUUGUGUACGUCGUGCAGAUGUUUCACAUCAUUUAGCUUCUUAGUUUGUGUCUUUGUGGUUGUUUUUUGUCCUUUUCACUCAUUUUCUUCCAUAUUUGAAUCAUGUUUUGUAUUGCUUUGGUUAAUUUGCAUCUCCUUGCAGCAAUUUCAUGUCUCUUUCAGGUCAGCUUGUGUUCUAUUUGAGUUGUUCUGCAUCUGUUUUGUGUGACACUGAAGGCAUUUUGUGUCUCAUUCUGGUUGUUCUGCAACUCAUAGGAGCCAUUUUCUGUCUCUUUGAGGUAAUUUAGUGUUACAUUUUGGUUGCUUUGCAUCUCCACAUUACAAAUUUGAGUCUGUGUGGUCAUUUUGCAUAAUAUUUUGAGUUAUUUGGAGCCAUUUUAUAUCUCUCUGAGGCCAUCUUGUGCUGCAUUUUAGCUGUUUUGUGUCUCUUUGUUGUAACUUUGUCUCUUUGUUCUCAUUUGCUCAUAUUUUGUCUCAUUUUGUUUGUUUGUUUUGCAUCUUUUAAGCUAUUCUAUGACUCUUUGAACUCAUUCUGCUGUUUUUGUUGUCUUUUUCUUACAUUUUGAUCAAUUUGUGUGACAUUUUGAUUGCUUUGCAUCUCUUUGUUGUCAUUUAUGUCUCAUGGUGAUUUUUUGCAAUUAGUUCAGGUCAUUCUGUAACAUUUUUGCUGCUUUGCCUCUGUUUGUAACUCACAUAUGGUUGUUUUGCAUAUAUCUGAUGCCACCAAGUGUAUUUGUGGUCAUUCUGUGUCUUAUUGUGGUUGUUUUGUUUCUCUUUUGUGUCACAUUUGAGUCAUUUGAUAUCUGAUUUAGGUCAUUCUGCAUAUUAGUUGUCAUUAUGUGCUGAAAAGCCAUGUUGUUUUACUGUCUAAACGGUUGUGCAUUCUCACAUUUAAUACACAAUGAGGAUUUGAGCAGAGGGGUUUGUUUGUUGCAUUUACCAAAACAGAUUCAGAUUCAGUGGUUGUAUGAGCUCAAAGGUAGUGUCUACAGGUACCUCUAGUACCGAGCUCAAAAUCA